GCGCGGUCACGUCCGCAGCGGCUCCGGUGGUUUUGACUGUCACAUAAAAGUGCGCGUCCAAACGGCCGACCGGCGGAACUCUGUCUGUACCCUCUGUGAGACCGGAUCGGACGGAGCAGGCCGACGCUGGGGACCGGAACCAGCACCGCCUACAGGGGAAAAAACAACAACAUAAAAAAAAAAAAAAAAAACCCCAACCGGCACAGCCUGACGGCGCCUGACUGGGUCAAGGAAACACACGGGAUCGGCGGACAUCCGCUGCUGACAUCGACGACAACCCCAAAGCAGAGAGCAAUCCUCGGUAGCCCCCCCCCCCUCCUUACCGCGGCCUGCCUUGGCGUGGGAUGCUGGAGACUCAGAGAGCGGGAGAGGAGAUUUGAUGCCACUUGGUAACAGUAAGAGGUGUGGCAUAGUCAAUCAUGGGGGAUUCAGUCUUCACCUGCUGUUAUGUCCCACCCCAUCCCCCAGGAGAGGAGGAACCCCACAGGUCCAGACGUUCAGAGAUCAUGGCCUCCCAUUCCGCCAACAUCUCCUCCGACAAGCGCUUCCUCAUCUUCUUCGACUUUGACGAGACCAUCGUGGAUGAAACCAGCGACGACGUGGUGGUGCAGGCCGCCCCGGGUCAGCACCUCCCGGCCUGGCUGAAGGACACCUACCAGCCCGGCCGCUACAACGAGUACAUGCAGCGCGUCCUGGCCUACCUGGCGGAGCAAGGCGUCACCGAGAGCGACAUACGCAGCGUCAUGGAGAAGAUACCCGCCACCCCCGGCAUGCUCACCCUCUUCCAGUUCCUCCGCACCCGGCCCCCGCAGGACUUCGAAGUGGUGUUGGUGUCCGAUGCCAACACCUUCUUCAUCGAGUCCUGGCUCCGGCGCACCGGGACCCGCCAGCUCUUCCACCGGAUCUUCACCAACCCGGCCACCUUCAACAAGGACGGGCGGCUGGUGCUGAGGCCCUUCCACUCCCACGGCUGCCCGCGGUGCCCCGAAAACAUGUGCAAGCAGGUGGUCGUCAGGGACUAUGUGGCCCGCAGGACGCAGGAGCGGGGCCGCCCCUAUCAGAGGGUCCUCUACGUGGGAGACGGGGCCAACGACUUCUGCCCGGCGCUUUCCCUCGGGCCCCGGGACGUGGCCUUCCCGCGGCGAGACUUCCCCAUGCACCGGCUGAUCACGGAGACCCACGAAGCCAUGCCCGGGGAGUUCAAGGCGGUCACGGUUCCGUGGGUGAGCGCGGAGGAGGUGGUGCAGCGGCUGAGGAAGCUGGUGGCGGAGUAGUGGGUCACACACAAACGGAGAGACAGUGAGGAGACGAUUAUGGGGCCAGUUGACACUUUUAGUCAUUUUCUCAGGUAAAAUAGUCCCAAGAACUAAUGUAUGAGGCAAUAAAAACAUUUGUAGUUACUGUCUGUAUGAAUAAAAUGUUUCUGGCGUCUAGCCAGACCUUCCUCGGUCCAGCUUCUCACCUCUAGGUCCACAGGUCCAAUGAUAAAGCGGGUUAAUGAUUACGGAGACCUGCCUCUAUCACCUGGUGUGAGGAAAUCAAUAACAAAUCCAAUGCUUUGUUAUGAAAAAGGUAUCUAGAAGGAAGUGGCUUUAAAGUUUCAGAUCAUUGGCAUAAUAAACAUCCUUCAAUGGGACCACAUUUAAAAGCAUUCCUCGUGGCUUUAAGGGUUGAACAGGGUCGGCAGGGAAAUCGGUUCCAAUAAUCACCUUAGUCGCCAUAUUUAGAAACGUACUGGACGCUUAAGUCAACCAAGUGACCUGUUGGUCUCGAAUUACGAUUAUACGUGUGUUUUUCUUGCCAACGGCACCUUUUGAGCAUGAAACAUUGAAAUAAUUGUAUCCAUAAGUGAAAUCACAGUCACACUGUCACCUGAUGGCGGCGGGGCAAUUGGGUGGCUCCGCGAGAUGUCCCAGCCGAAAGAAUAAAAGUGAAAUGUACUUUAUCAACAUGUCUGUCCGAGAAUAUGCAGUACGUGUAAUUUAGAGAUGUAUGACUAUGUUUUACGAGUGUGUCUGUUUCUUUGGUUUAUCAGUCUGUUGUGCUGUGUAGGUAAGGCCUACUGAAAUAAAAAUAAAAUAUAUAUAGUAUAUAUGAUAUAUAUAUUAUAUAUAUUAACACCAGCAGGA